UCUCCGCCUGGAAGUGCAUCACUGAAAGCCUCAUUGUUUGGUUCAGGUCUGGCAGUGAGCAGCAGCAGCAGCAGCAGCAGCAGGGCUCUUGACUGUUGGGCCCCGGGGACAGUGCGCGCAGCUUCACCCACCACGCAGGCCGAGUCACGCACCUCAGGACCGGAGCCGAGAUGGGUUGCCAGGAGUGCUGUGCGCGUUGCCUGGGAAGAGUUCCGUACUGCUCCCUCCUGGCCACGCUGCUCUGCUUCUCGGGCAUCGCUCUAUUCUGCGGCUGUGGACACCAAGCUCUGACGGAGACGGAGAGACUCAUCGAGACCUACUUCGCACGGAACCUCCAGGACUACGUGACUCUGGCUUACAUCAUCCAGUACUUCCAGUACUUCAUCUACGGCCUGGCUUCCUUCUUCUUCCUCUACUGCAUCAUGCUGCUGGCCGAGGGCUUCUACACCUCCAGCGCCGUCAAGCAGACCUUCGGAGAGUUCCGCAGCACCAUGUGUGGCCGCUGUCUCAGCUCCACGUUCAUCGUGAUGACCUAUGCACUGGCCACGCUCUGGCUGCUGAUGUUUGCCUUGUCUGCGCUGCCCGUCUACUUCUUUUACAACAUGGACGCCACUUGUCGCACCAUUGAGGUUCUGACGGAGACGCCGGCGAGCAUCAACCAGCUGUGUGUGGACGCAAGACAAUACGGUCUCCUCCCGUGGAACGCGGUGCCUGGAAAAGCCUGUGGUAUAACGUUGUCCACCAUUUGCAAGACCAGAGAGUACCGAGUGACCUAUGACCUCUACAUCGCAGCUUUUGUGGGAGCGGGCAUCACUCUCUUGGCUCUGCUGACCUACACGGUGUCCACCACCUAUAACUUCGCAGUUCUGCGAUAUCUGGGGAGGCGGGGCCUUGGUUCACGCUGCUAGGUCCUCCUGCUUCUUCUCUGCUCUCCCAUCAGCACAACUGGGACCUCGACUAUUCCCUCUCACUGUGGUUUGUUCUGUCAACUCUCUGGAUGUUGUUCUGCUGUACUUGCUUUCUCCAUGUUUGUCCAGUGUACAAAUCUGCUUCUCAUCCAUAUUACUAGCUCGCUACUAAAAAAAAAAAAAAAGCCAAAAAACAUGCAGCCUCCAUCAGGGAUUGAAGGUUGCUAUAGCAACUUCACCCCACAUCUGGUUGCCACAGUGACAGACUUGCAGUCCUUCACUGACCUUCGAACUUUUCUCACGGGCAGCAGAAAAGCCCGAACAAUACACUCAGGGCCACUUUGACACGCCGGCCAAUCAGAGGCCAGCUGCUCCAGGAGUCACGGCCCAGCGGAGACAAAGAGCGGGAGACUCCUGUCCACCAGCAUCAGCCCAUACAUUUGCAUGGACACAAAGAACGUUUGGAUCUAGACGGGUCCGGGAUUGCUUCUCACAGUCUGCAGAAUUAAUUUUGCUGUAGUUAUUAUAUAACGCCGUUAACCGAUAGUCGACUUUUGAGCCUUGUUAAUAAUUAACCUGUGGCAGAAAACGCGAGAGAAAUAGUGUAGUGUCGCUUCCAAGUUCAGUUUGCAUUAAAAACACCAGCUUCUUGGAGAAUUCUCACCCUUUCAUGUGAGAACAGCGUGAUUAUUGCACCGACAAACCAGCUCUGUUUAACUGAAAUGAUUUUUUUAUGGCAAACUUCCUGGUGUUACAUUCACUUGUCUCUCAGAAUUUUAUACUUCCAUGUGUUUUGAGAUGAGGUUUAUCUUAAUGAAAGUUUAAAAGUAAAGUGCUCACAGAUUAGUAUUAUGUAUCUCAAAUGUGCUUGGCUCAACACCAACUUUUAGUCCGAGCUUCUGAGCCACGCUCUAUUCUCUCAUCCUUUCCUGAAGCCAUGGAGAGGCACACAUAUUGCUGCAUCCAGUUAUUUCAGAGACUGGAGUCAGCUGUGAGACACGAGCCCUGGCUCCUAGUUCCGACCAGGGGGCAGGACAAAGUGAAAGCAAUGUCAACUGGACUUGGACCCUGAGCACAAUGAAACUACCCUUUCAUAUGAACAUGCGUAGAGGCAAACAUCUGGAAGCCCAAAUUGGAUUUGAUGGUGUGAAAAGGACUUGAGGGAAGUGGAAGCGUAACAGGUUCAUCCAGAUGAAGCUGGAGACCUUGGUGGCCACCUGUCCCGGAACACAUCUGUGCAAUAACCACGCUGUUGAGACAUCAUCUUUGGAUGUAUAGCACCUGUCAGGCUGAUGAAUUAGCUCCUGCAAAGUCCCCCUGCUCAGCCAAGCCUUUUGUUGUCGCAGAGGAAAUCAUACACCUCAAUGCUUUGUGUUGAAGAGAAGCGUUCGUACAUUCUGGAGGGUGUUUAAAUGGCAUCGGGGCCGUUUGGAGAUUGUUUUUCUUGUGGAAUUUGAUAAUAAAGUCAGAAUUGUGUGGGGGUGGAGCGUUUCCUUUGGCUGCGCAGGUGGUGUCCGGAGGGACUGGCGUGUCUUUUGUCUGCAGGUUCACUGUGCCCUUGUGCUGGCUGUGAGCCUGGUCUACCUGCGGUGGCUGCACAGCUGGGCCAAGCACAACAGACGGGGCUACGAGCUGUACGCUCAGCUCCUGCGAGACAGAGGGGGGACCCUCAGCUCACCGCACCCCUCCAACGUGUGGGACACCCCUUGAGCUCCAGCCAGCGCCACCAUUCUUUAGAGAAGCUCAGUAUUUUUGUUUUAUUUCAGCCAGCGUCCUCCGCUGAGGCAGGCAAAUGUGCUCAGUGUUAUUCUUCAUUUGACUUCAGUUCGCCAUAUAUUGUGCCUGCUAGACAAGAGAAAUAAAAAUGCAACACUUGAGUUACACAAUUUUCCUACUAAAGAAAACACCUAAUAGCGGGAAAAAAAACUUACACCAGACUGCAUCUUGGUUUGGGAUGUCGCAUAUUUAUUCGUAUUCAAGCGUUGGACAGUAAUAACUGCUGCGCCAGCAAAAAAAGGCACAACCAGUCGUCUGUAGUGCAAAAAAGGGGGCGGGGUUUGACAAUG